AUGGGCAAGAAGAAUAAAUCUCGCUCAGAGAAGCCCAUUGAGCCUGAAAAGCUCGAUGGGUCCGCAGUGAAGUCCAGCGAUACAGCAAAUGACAGCAGCACUAUGAAACUUCCCUUUCUGGGUUCGAGUGCUCAUGUUGACCCAGCUUUGGCUUCGUUGUUUGAGAAGAGUGCCGGUCCAGUGAAAGCCCCAUCUUUCCCCAUCAGUGGAGCCACUGCCUCUACAAAAGGAACAAAGAAACAAAAGGAUCAGCAACAAGAUGUCAUUGAGGAGGCAAAUGCGGAGGAAGUUGACGACGCAGAGCAAAGGGACGAGUCCCCAGAUUCUGACGAAGUGAUGCAAGAUGCUUCUGAAGACAGUAGCCAAGACCCCAAUGAGGUCACGCCAACCUCUGAGGAGGAAAAUUCCGAAUUACGAAGCCGAAAACGAAAGCGGGGAGCUGAUAAUGACAAUCUGGAGGACUCUUAUAUGCGCCGGAUUGCCAAAGAGGAGGAGAAAGAAAGAGAAAAACGUCGAACAGAGAAAGCGAAACGGCAGAAAGUUGAGAAUCAGCAAGACGACGAUGAGCAGUCAACGAAUGAGUCUGAUGAAGACAAAUCCACGGACGAGGAUGAGGAGAUAACGACCAUACCGAUACAUGAGAGUCUAACUGGUGAGGCAGAAGACAAAGAGGUCGAAAAGUCCAACCGCACUGUAUUUCUCGGGAACGUGUCGACACAGGCCAUCAAGUCCAAAGCGGCAAAGAAAACCUUGAUGAGGCACCUCGGGUCCUUCCUUGCUACUCUUCCAGAGUCUACGGGUCCUCAUAGAGUCGAUUCGAUUCGGUUCCGCUCCACUGCGUUUGCGAGCGGUGGCCAUGUUCCUAAACGAGCAGCAUUUGCGCGUAAGGAAGUAAUGGAUGAAACCACACCGAGCACUAAUGCGUAUGCAGUCUACAGCACGGUGCAGGCGGCUCGCAAGGCCCCUGCUGCUUUGAACGGGACUGUUGUGUUAGACCGCCAUCUGCGCGUUGAUAGCGUUGCUCACCCCUCCGAAAUCAAUCACAAGCGGUGUAUUUUUGUCGGGAACCUCGAUUUUGUCGACAAGGAGACGGAUCGAGAUGACGAGCAGGCUGAAAAGAAGAAGAAAAAGAACAUCGGGGCUGCAGAUAUCGAAGAGGGUCUUUGGCGUACUUUUAAUGCCCACACAACUGAUUCCAAGAAAGAGAAUGGCUCGAGCAAAGGCAGCGUCGAGUUUGUCCGGGUCGUCCGUGACCGCACCACUCGCAUAGGCAAGGGCUUCGCCUACGUUCAGUUUUAUGAUCAGAACUGCGUUGAGGAAGCACUCUUGCUAGAUGGGAAGAAAUUCCCGCCUAUGCUCCCUCGAAAACUACGAAUUAUGCGGGCGAAGAAGGUCAAGAAGAGGCGUGAGGGCCCUGUAAGCGACGGAGCAGCUGGGGAAGCUCGCAAGACGCUACAGGGCCGUGCUACAAGGCUAUUCGGUAGGGCUGGCGCAGCGAAAUUGAAAAAUGGAGAAGGAACCGGUAAACCACUCAUCUUUGAAGGCCACCGGUCCUCAGAAGGCUCUGCGAUUAAAGUGAAAACCAAGAGUCGUGGUUUGAAGGGAAAGCCGAAAAAUAGGAGCAGCAGAAGGGCAGCGGCGUACAGGGCUUCCAGGGGUAAAACGGCCAAGGCGGGGAAAUAA